UACCUUUCUCGGCCUUUUGGCUAAGAUCAAGUGUAGUAUCUGUUCUUAUCAGUUUAAUAUCUGAUAUGUGGCCCAUUGGGUCACACGAUAUUAACUUUAUUUUUUGAGAGAGAAGGCCCGUUAAGAUAGCUUGCUAUCUGGGCUUUCAAGAGUCGCCCAUGCGUUGCACUACUGCACGGGCUGGCUCAACCCGCCAAUUUUAACAGUUUAAUUUUUGGUCCCUCAGCUUAUAAGAUUUUAAACGUAUUAUCUCUAAUUAAUCGGAAUUGUACUUUUGACCCCAUUCAAGUGAUUAAUAUUCUAAAUGGGCUAAUGGGCCUACGUGACUAUAUUUAAGUGAUGAAAGUGGACAAAACUAAACUACUUUAGCUUUGCUUACAGUUGUUGUCCUAAACCGCGUUAAAUUUCGAAUCAUCCUCGAUCUCGUCGUCUCUUGUUUUCUGAUCUCGUAGGUUCAUCGGGAGAGAGAGCGAAGAUGGUGGAGAGAACGAUGAGUCUAGGGUUCGGAGCCAACGGAGGAACCUCAGGGGUUAGAGAAACAAUGUGGGCGCAGCAAGAGCUUCUUCAGAAGAUCAGUCAGGAGCUUGACGAUGAGCGAGAAGCCUCGUCAUCGGCUGCUUCGGAAGCCUUGUCGAUGAUCCUACGCCUACAGGGGGAGAAAGCAGCGCUGGAGAUGGAGACUAGUCAGUACAAGAGGAUGGCGGAGGAGAAGAUGUGCCACGCGGAGACUUCUCUGACGCUCUUCGAGGAUCUGAUUUACAAUAAGGAGAUGGAGAUCGCGUCUCUUGAGUUUCAGGUUCAGGCUUACAGAUGCAAGCUGCUCAGCGUUGGGGUCUCUGAUCCAGCUGUCGUGGAGAACAAGUUCCCGCAAAAUCUUGUCUUCUUUGGUGAUACCUCUUGUGGUGUGAGGAAGAUGAAGCGUAAUCUAUCGAGUCCUUUCGAUGGUAUGAGCAUUGAGAGAAGGAGCCUGCUUCUGUCUGAUGGUAACGGUGACAGUUCUUUAUCUCUUGGUGAAGACUUGAGUGCUUAUUGGGAAGAGAUGAGGAGAAUAGACGACCAUGUUCGAGAGAUUUCAGACACGAGAGAUUCUCCCAAGGAGUCUAAAUGGCCUUUGCUUAGGCGCAAGUCUAUGUCACAUGCGUUGGUUUCACAGGUCAGCAAUACUAUACUCAAGUCAGCCAAGAGUGAUGUCAGUUCGAUAAUGGAGAGGAUGAAGAACCCUGAUAGAUUGUCUGCCGCCAAAGAUGCUUUGUCUCCAAAUCUCCAGGACAUCUUCAAGAUUCCGAGGACAAAGGAAAGCCUUACAAUCAUCGAAGAAGAAGAGGAAGUCGAAGAAAGAAAUAAGGAGUCACAGGUUAGAGGGAACAUGGAGAGUAGUAAUUACGAAAGGGAAUUGAGUAAGCCGCCGCCAAGCAUCAAGGAAGAACAUAUGAGUUUGUUAAAGGAGAUUAGAGAACAGCUCAAUGCAAUGCAGUCUGAGAUGAGAAGCUUAAGAUCAGAACUGCAUCAAACUCAACAUGUGUCUCAUCUGGAGGAGGAUCCAGCCCUUAACUCAAUUCAAGAGGCUAUGAUUCACUUCUGGCUUUAGAAGCUAUAAUGCCUGGGAGUGGUUCUAGUUUCCCAUAUACAGACCAUUUGUAUGUUACUUAAGGGAUGUAAAAAGAAACUGAUAUGUAACUGCACUGGCAUUGUGAAAACAAAAUCUUUAAAUCUCU